GCUUCUUCGUGUCCUGUGUCUGAGAGAAAAAUUUGGGAAAAUAAGAUAAAAGAGAGAACCAAGAAAGAUGAGAGUGCGAAAGUUUGAGUUCUUUGUUAAUCGUUGAUCUUGAACAUAUAUAGAAAAGGAAAAGAAUCAAAAGGUUCUCUAUUUUUAUUCAAAUUCAGAUUCUUGCACUCAUAGUGGAGCUUAUUGCAAUUCUUUUGCAAGGAUUCUUCUCUGUCAGUUGAUUUUACAGCAUGUGGAAAUAUCUACCGAAUGAGAUUUUGGAAGAGAUUAUGAAGCGUUUGCCCCUUAGAGAGUAUCUUGCAAUGAGAGCAAUAUGCUUUCCUUGGUGGAUAUCAGUUUCUAAUGCCAUUGCAAAAGAUUAUUGCCGCCCUUUACCGGAACUGCCUCUAAUUGUACUACAAAAUGAAGAUUCAAUGUUUUACAGCUUGAGUACAGAAAGUUUACAUCGCCCCAAAAGGCAACUGUUAGACCACGAUCAGUUUUGUUUUGGCUCAGUUGAAGGAUGGUUGAUUGUGUGUGACUAUACUCUAAAAGCUUUUGUGAAAUUUUUCUUCUUGAAUCCAGUGACUAAUGUUAGAAUCAUGAUACCAUCAAAAUUGUACAUUCCAUUCAGGUAUCGUGUCCGAGGUGACUUAUAUGUGGAAAAAAUGGUGGCCUCUUUCGAACCAAGUUCAAAAUUUUAUUUAGCUGCUCUUUUGACUGAUCAUUGUCAUUUUGCAAUUUUUAAACCCUUACACAAAUCAUGGACUAUAAUUAAGCCAGAUAGGGAUCCGAGGACUGUUAUUGUGGACAUGGAAAUUAUUGGCAGUAAAUUGUACGUAGCAAUUGAAAAGACCCCACAAUCCAUAGUAUUGGUUUAUGAUCUCAAUGACACCUCUAAUGGACCUCCAAAGGCUGAAGAGUUGUUGGUUACACUUCCACUAUUCACGUCAACAGGAUUAAGUAUACUCCCUAACAGUACCUGUUUCGUUGUACGUUAUCUAGGCAAAGAUGAAGCGUCUAAAGAGUUAUACUUGAUUUCCAUGACAUAUAGCGGGGAGCCACAUGAGAUUAUCAGAAUGGAAGUAUUCAAGCUGGACAUGAACAAGGAGCCUAUUGCGUGGCAAUAUGUGAGGUUGGAUGAUAGAGUAGCUUUUGUUAGUAGUUGCAAGAGCGUGGUAAUCUCAAGGGAUGAGCUUAAUUACAAUAAAGAGUUAAUUAGUGGGAAUAGCAUCUAUUUUGGUUUUACUUUUUUCUGUCAUUUGAAUCCAUGGUUAGGUUUGAAGUUGGGGAAGUUUUGUUUGACUGAUAGCAGCAUCAAAUACUUUCCUGUGAAGCCAUCAAAGGAUUGUGGUGCUCCUUUUCCUAUCUGGUUUGUACCAAGUUUAUGGUAAUUCCACUUAUGUUGACACUUACAUAUGGUUGGUUGCAUGCCAAUGGUGUCUUCAAUGAAUUGGUUGCUAUAUUUUUAUGUUAAGGGAAAGAUGCAUCCAUGUUGUAGAUCAAUUAGAACUUCUAAAUGGCUUUGGAAAUGCAAGCAUUUGAAGAUUCGUGUUAAAAACCACCAACCUUGCAUUUGAUAUACUUGUUAUUGAAGAGGGGCCAGAAGUGGGAAGUGUUCCUGCACUACACCAACCAUAGUAUCCCCUGUUAACUCUUUUAUUUCUAUUUUUUUUUUCUCUUUUAGGACCAUUAUUUCAUAGUACAUACUUUUUUCUUUUUUUUCUUCUUCUUUAAAGCAUGCAGUGUUGAUCCCAAAUAAAGGAUUUAGUCAAUGUUAGAAUGUGUAAAUAAUGAAAGCAUUGCUAAUGGCAAGUAUAUUCUUGCAGGUUU